CCAGUGGUUACUGUACUAGAUAUUUCGCAUAUCCAAGUAUGACUAUUCCCUUGUUGGAUUUAACUUUCGUACAUAAGACCUAUAGAGCCAUGGUUAACUGGUUCCUGAUUCGACGCCUCGCCAACGAUGUCCUCCGAGCAAGAACGCCAAACUAUCCUUAUUCCUCUAAACCUUGGUUCCCCUUCCCAAUAUGAUCGAUCGAUCUUCCCUCUCAUGAAAAUGAAACGGAUGAGCGACCUGGAUCAAGUAGAUAUAGUUCUUGAAGCCACAAUGGAUGAAUUAUUCAAGAUACGUGAAAUGGCAGGGAAUUUGAAACAGUUAGAUAGAGUCUUUGUGCGUGCUAAGGAGGAAUAUGAUAAGUUAAAGUCGAAGAAAGAACACCUGGAAAACCAAAAGACGUCCUUCAAUCCUGUGAAACUGUUUUCGACAUAUCGUUCUGUUCGACUGCUCGCAGUAGCAGGCAAAAACUUGUAUAAGAAAACUAGGAGUACAUCUGAAAGCCUGAGGAGGCAGCUACUUUCUGUAAACGGACGAGAUGUUCAACCAGUCGACUAUGACGACGUACCAUUUGACGCUCGCAUUAGCGCCAUCGCUAUUCCACUGGAAUCGCAACUAGACGAACCCACGGCUACGUUCUUCACUGAAGCAGCGGAUUUUAUUUCUUCUCAGGUUAAUCUCCUUUCUGACGACAAUCCUUUCGGAGAUGAUCAACGAGUGGAAGAGUCUGCAGAUACUGAAUACCAUACACCCUUUGAUUCUGGAACCCCCGAUAGCGGGGCUGCAUCACCAGCCAGUUCUCAUUUCUUUGGAACAUCCUCGGGGCAGGGAUCUGGCAACAACUUUUUCAUCUUCAAUAACAGCUACGUUGCCUCGAGAUCAGUCAUCCAAUCGCCGACUCUUAACCACGGUGGGUCACAAAAUCAAGGAUCAUCUCCUCACCAUUGACACCAUCAAUUAUUGAAUAUUUGCUUAUAUACACGAUUGAAAAAAUAUCAUGGCUCUCACUUGCAGUGGUUUUCGUUGGGGAUAAGACGUUCCGUAACACGCCGCAUACAAUGUUCUCAAGAUUUCGAUGGCGUCG